AUGCCGCAGGAAUACCAGCUCGCCACGCAGCGCUUCGAUGCGUUCCUGGCCGAUUCGGGCGAUGCGCUCGGCCUUGCGACGCGCAACCAGACCUACACCGUCGUCCAGGCGGUUCUGCUCGCAUUUCGCCGUCGUCUCGGGCCCGACGAGGUGCUCGUCUUCGCCGACGCGUUGCCAGCCGUUUUGCGGGCGAUCUUCGUUGCCGGCUGGACGGCAAGCGAACACAGCGCCGGCUUUCCGGCGCGCGAUGCGCUGGAGGCGGAGGUGCGCGCGCUGCGUGCCGACCACAAUUUCGCGCCGCAUGGUUCGAUCGCGCUGGUUGCCGCCACGCUGCGGCGUCACGCCGACGGCGACCGGUUUGACAAGGAUCUGGCGCGGGUGGCGCGCAACGAUGACGGCAUCGCGCUGGUGCUGGGCAUCCUCAAGCAGCGCUUCGGCGAGCGGUUCCAGACCGGCACGGCGCUGCGCGGCCAGCAUGCGCACACGACGACCUACAUUCCCGCGCAGAUGCCCGACGGCGUCCUGUUCGCGCAAUCGGCCGACGAUGUGCAGGCGGCGGUCGAAGUGUGCGCGGCACACCGGGUGCCGAUCAUUCCGUUCGGUACGGGCACAUCGCUCGAAGGCCAGGUAAACGCGCCCGGCGGCGGCAUUUCGAUCGAUGUCAGCCAGAUGAACCGCAUCAUCGAAGUGCAUGCCGAGGAUCUCGACUGCGUGGUCGAACCGGGCGUCACGCGCAAGCAGCUCAACACCCAUCUGCGCGACACCGGCCUGUUCUUCCCGAUCGAUCCGGGUGCCGACGCCAGCCUUGGCGGCAUGGCGGCGACGCGCGCCUCGGGCACCAAUGCGGUGCGCUAUGGCACGAUGCGCGACAAUGUGAUCUCGCUGGAUGUCGUGUUGCCCAGUGGCCGCAAGAUCACCACCGCGAAGCGGGCGCGCAAGAGUUCGGCCGGCUACGACCUGACGCGGCUGAUGAUCGGCUCGGAAGGCACGCUCGGCAUCAUCACGCAACUGACGUUGCGGCUCGCCGGACAGCCCGAGGCGAUCACCGGCGGCGUCUGCCCGUUUCCGACGCUGGAGGCGGCGGUCCAGGCGGUGAUCACGACCAUCCAGAUGGGCCUGCCCGUGGCGCGCAUCGAACUGGCCAACACGCUGCAGAUGCAGGCGAUCAUCGACUAUGCCUCGCUCGAUCUGCCGGUCGGUCCCUGCCUGUUUCUGGAGUUCCACGGCACCGAACGGGGCGUUGCCGAACAGUCCGAAACCUUCGGCGAGAUCGCCGGCGAUCUGGGCGGCGGACCGUUCAUCUGGUCGGCGCACGAGGAGGACCGCUCCAGGCUGUGGCAGGCGCGCCACGAUGCCUAUUGGGCGGCGCUGACGCUGAGACCGGGUGCCAAGGGCAUUUCCACCGAUGUGUGCGUGCCGAUCUCGCAGCUUGCCGACUGCAUCGUGGAUACCGAGACCGACAUUGCCGAGCACGAUCUGGUGGCGCCCAUCGUCGGCCAUGCGGGCGACGGCAAUUUCCAUGUGCUGCUGCUGAUCGACGAUACCAGCCGGGAGGAGAUCGCCGCCGCGGAAAGUUUCGUCGAGCGGCUCAACCUGCGGGCGCUGGCCAUGGGCGGCACCUGCACGGGCGAGCAUGGGAUCGGCCAGGGCAAGAUGGCUUUCCUCGAGAUGGAGAUGGGCGGCGCGGUCGACGUGAUGCGGUCGAUCAAGCGGACGCUCGAUCCAGACAACAUCAUGAACCCCGGCAAGAUAUUGAGAAACGGCACUUUGCGCCUUUUCGUUGUGAUCGGAGGGCUGAUCGUCGCGGUGCUGUUCGCCGCGCUUCUGGCGCCGCUGUUCGUCAACUGGUCCGACUAUAAGGGGCGCUUCGAGGCAGAGGCGUCACGGCUGCUGGGCCAGCCGGUGCGCGUGGCCGGCGAGGCGAGCGCGCGCAUCCUGCCCUUUCCCUCGGUCAGCUUUUCCGAUGUCGAGGUCGGCCCGCCCGAGGCGCCACUGAUCACCGCCGCCGAAUUCUCCUUCGAUGCGGAACUGGCGCCGUUUCUGUCCGGCGAAGUGCUGAUCUUCGAUCUGCGCAUCACCGACCCGGUGAUGAAUGUGACGCUGGACGAGACCGGCGCGCCGAUCUGGCCAUUGCCCGAGACAGGCCCGAUCGAUCCGGCGCAGAUCACGCUUGAAAACGCGGCGAUCAGCAAUGGCCGGCUGGUCGUGCUCGACCCGUUCGACGAGCGGCGCUGGACCGUCUCGGGCAUCGACAUGGCGGUCUCGGCCAACAGCUUUUUCGGGCCCUGGCGCGCCGAGGGUACCGCGCGCAUCGAUACGCUGAACACGCAAUUCACCAUCGGAACCGGGACGCUCGAACGCGACGGGUUUUCGCUGCGGGUUGCCGCCAACCUGCCAGACCAGCUAGUGCGCAUCGUCACCGAGGGGCGCAUCGCACCGGACGCCGACAGCGGCGAGAUGGUCUAUGCGGGCGGGCUGACGCUGCUGCCCCACGGCAUCGACCAGACCUAUCGCGUCGACGGCGAUUUCGCCGCCACGGCGCGGCGGCUCGAUGUCGCCGAAUAUCGCGCAGCGUUCGGCGAUCCGGCCGACCCCUAUGUGAUAAGCGGUACCGCAUCGGUGUUCGGCGGCGCCGAGCCGGGCUACACGCUGACCGCGCGCGGCACCCAGGUCAACGUGCCCACCGGUGCGGAAGCCGCGGAAGGCGAUGCGGCUGGGCUCGCCGAGCGGAUGGCGGCGAUCAACGCGAUGUUGGCCGGCCUGCCGCUGCCCGCAGUGCCCGGCACGAUCAAUCUCGACCUGCCGGCGAUCGUUGCCGGCGAAACGACAAUUCGCGACGUUCAGGUGCUUGCCCGGCCCGAGCCGCGCGAUGCGGACCGGCGGCGCUGGCGAAUCGACCGGCUCGACGCCCAGUUUCCGGGCCGCACCGCGCUGGAAGCCGACGGCGUUUUGACGCUGCCGCGCCCGGGCGAGACGAUGGAGACAGCAUCGUUCGCCGGCAAUCUGGUGGUUGCCUCACGCCAGCCUUCCGGCCUUGCGCGCUGGCUGGCAGGCGAUGUGGACGAGGCGAUCCGGCAAUUGCCGGGCGCGGGGUUGAGCGCUCGGGUGACGCUGGGCGCCGAGCGCCAGCUUGCCGAAAAUGUCGAGUUGAUCAUCGGCGGCACGCAGCUGACGGGACGCAUCGCACGGCGCGGCGGCGCGCUGUCGACGCCCUAUCUGUCGGUCACCUUGGCUGGCGAGACGAUCGGCCGGCCGACGCUCGAUGCGAUGGCGAGCGUGUUCGGCGCGGGGCAGGGCGGGGGCGGUCUUGCCGGGCACGAUGUCGACCUGUUGCUCGACCUGCGCGACGUCGAUGCCGGCGGGAUCGUGCUCGACCAUCUCGACACCGCGAUCCGCACGCGCGGCCUCCGCACGGAGAUCGACCGGCUGGUCGCGACCGGCGUCUUCGGCGCGUCGGUGACGGGGGCCGGUUCCGUCGAGCGGUUGGGCGCAGGCGAUCUGGCGGCGGCUUUCGAUGUCAGCGUGAUCGGCGCGCGCGGCGCGCCGUUCUUCACCGGCAUUGCCGGCCGGUUCACCGGCCACGACCUGCUCGAUCAUCUGGCCGGCGUCGCCGAACGCGAUCCGGCGGCGGUUGCCGACAUGCAGCUGACGCUGGUCGGCUCGGCCCGCACCGCCGACGGCGGCGCCCGAACCGAGGCAUCGGCAAGCCUUUCAGGCACGUUGGGCGGCGCAAAUCUGUUCGUCCAGGCCAAUCUGGCCGACACCGGCGCGACCGAAGGGAUCGACCGGCUGGCCGUCGACGGUUCGGUGGCCCAUGACGACGCGCUGCGCCUUCUGCCAUUGGCGGGCAUCGCGCCUGCCGUGGCCGAUGGCGCAACCGUCGGCAUCGAUGCGCCGGGGCAGGUGGCGAUCACCCUUCGGCGCGCCGGGGGAGGCGACGAUCUGGUGUCGCUGACCGCGACCUCCGGCGCCGACCGGCUGGACUUUAACGGCACGCGCGACGGCGCCGAUUUCGCCGGCGAUGCGGUGCUCGCGCUGUCCGAUGCCGAACCGUGGCUGUCGGCGCUUGGCCAUGUGCUGCCGGGCACCGGGCUUGGCACGCCGCUCGAUCUUUCCGCCACCAUCGGCCGGGCCGGUACGCAAUGGCAAUUCGAUGAACUGGAAGGCGCCGUCGCGGGCACCGGGAUGGCCGGCGCACUGACCUUUUUGGACGACGCGCUGCUUGGCCGGUCGCUGCGCGGACGGCUCGAUCUGGGCGCAUUCGAUGCGAUGCUGCUUGCCGGGCUUCUGACCGGUCACGUCGAUGCGAUCGGGGCCGAUACGGGCUUCGGCGCGCCGAUCUAUGACGGCGUCGCGGUCAAUCUGGACUGGUCGGCGGACCGGCUGUUCGCCGGCCCCCUGACGCUCGAGCAGGCCGACGGCACGCUGGUGAUGAACGGCGGGAUGGCCACGGUGCAGGACAUGACCGCGCUUUCAGGCAAGGACAGCCAGUUCGCAGCGACGAUGCGUGUGCAGAAUGCCGGCGGCGCGGUGAGCCUCGGCGGGGAGGUGGAGCUUGCGGCGUUUGCGCUCGGCGAUCUGGUGGCGGUGCCUGUGCCGGUUACCGGUACGGCCGAUCUGGCGCUGUCGCUGACCGGUGGCGGCCGCACGUUCUGGGAUCUAGGGCGAUCGCUGACCGGGACGGGCGUCGUCGCCGUGGACAAUAUCAUGGUGGAGGGGCUCGACCCCGACGCGUUUUCGGCGAUCGUUGCACGCGCCGACGCGAUCGGAUUCGGCAUCACGCCGGCGCAGAUCGAAGCGGUCGUGCGCGAGGCGCUGUUUGCAGGGCAGACCGGGCUGGGCGCGGCCGAAGCCCCGCUGACGGUCACCGGCGGUGUGGCGCGCGCCGCCAAUCUCUCUAUCGGCGACCAAGACGGCAGGCUGCGGCUGACCGGCGAUGUGACACUCGAUCUCAUCGAACGGGCGCCGGCCGGCGCGCUGACCGUGACGCUCGAUCCGGGCGCCGAGGCGAUCGCCGGCAUGGCGCCGGCGGUCGAUCUGUCGUUCGGCCCGGGCGAAGCGGACACGCUUGCCGCCGAGAUCGGCUAUCAGCCGGUGACCGCCUAUCUGACGCAGCGCGCGCUCGAAAUCGAACAGGCGCGAAUCGAGCGGCUGCAGGCACGCCUUCUUGAGCGCCAGCGCAUGCGGCGCGAAUUGCGAUAUGCGCGCUAUCUGCGCGCCGAGGACAAUGCAAUGCGCGAGGAGAGCCGGCUGCGCGCCAUCGCCGACGAGCGUCUUGCGGCGAUCGAGGCGCGGCGGGCCGCCGAAGCGGAAGCUGCGGCAAUCGAGCGGAUCAAUGCGCCGGCGCCGCCGCCCGCGCCGCUUCUCGCCGAGCCGCCUGAAACGCCGACGGCCGAAAGCGCGCCCGAAGAGACCGUCCAGCCUGCCGAUACCGCCAUGCCGGCGCCCGGGACCAUAGACGGCGACGGCGUGGUGCGCGCGCCGCUGCCGCCCGUUUCCGGGGAGCCGGCCGCACCCGCGCCCGGCAUCGACUUCAGCGAGGACGCGGUUCGUUCGCUGAUCGAGGGAUUGGGCCAGUAA